AUGCAGACAAUCCCCCGCGCCGCCUCGCGCCGCGGGGACUUCGCGUCCCGACAGGCGGCGUGCUACGCGGCGCUGAUCGCCGUGCUUCUCGCUGCGCUGCUCGCGAGUGGCGGUGUCGCCGUCGCAGCCCAGAGGUAUCGGUGCAGCGCAAAUCCCGCGGUGGCCGUGGCUCCCAAGUACGCGUUCCGGCUCUUCCGGUUUAUCAGCACCCUUUAUGACGCGAGGACGGGGGAGGUCGCAACCGACCUUUUCACGAAAGGUCGCAACUGGGUCGAGGACCCUCGCCUCGAGCCCUUUCUCGCGCUGCGCUCCGAAGGCAAAUGCAGGUCAUCAUGGGCCAUCACAGCAGUGAGCGCGGUGGAAAUGGCAUACGCGUUAGUGGCUACCUGGGCACCCUUCAUGGCGCGCCCCAAGCGCUUAUCAGUACAGCAGGUACUGGACUGCAGCAGGAAAGGCAGGAACAGCAGCUGUGCUGCGGGCGCGUGGCCGACGACAGCACUGGACUACAUGGUGGCCGCCACACAGGAGUGGGGGGGGCUUGCGACCCACGCUGGGUACGCGUACAAGCAGAAGAACGGCAAAUGCAAACACGCCAAGGCGGAGCAGAAGGCAACGACCAUAGGCAUCAGGGGGUAUUACCAGGUGGACUACUACGGCUGGCUGGGUCUGCUCCUCGCUGUCAACGCUCAGCCCACCGUUGCAUUCGUGCGAGGCUCCUACCCCUCCUUCCAGACGUACACAGAUGGCACAUACAGCGACCCAGGGUGCACAGCGGCGGGCGGGGGUGGUGGAUCACAGCGGGGUGGUGGUGACGAUGGGCCCCUCCACUUCUCUCCCUCCACUGUGCUCCUUCUCCCGCCACUGUGCUCCUUCUCCCGCCACUGUGCUCCUUCUCCCGCCACUGUGCUCCUUCUCCCUCCACUGUGCUCCUUCUCCCUCCACUGUGCUCCUUUCCCUCCACUGUGCUCCUUCUCCCUCCACUGUGCUCCUUCUCCCGCCACUGUGCUCCUUCUCCCUCCACUGUGCUCCUUCUCCCGCCACUGUGCUCCUUCUCCCUCCACUGUGCUCCUUUCCCUCCACUGUGUUCCUUCUCCCUCCACUGUGCUCCUUCUCCCGCCACUGUGCUCCUUCUCCCUCCACUGUGCUCCUUCUCCCGCCACUGUGCUCCUUCUCCCUCCACUGUGCUCCUUCUCCCUCCACUGUGCUCCUUCUCCCUCCACUGUGCUCCUUCUCCCGCCACUGUGCUCCUUCUCCCUCCACUGUGCUCCUUCUCCCUCCACUGUGCUCCUUCUCCCUCCACUGUGCUCCUUCUCCCGCCACUGUGUUCCUUCUCCCUCCACUGUGCUCCUUCUCCCGCCACUGUGCUCCUUCUCCCUCCACUGUGCUCCUUUCCCUCCACUGUGCUCCUUCUCCCUCCACUGUGCUCCUUCUCCCGCCACUGUGCUCCUUCUCCCUCCACUGUGCUCCUUCUCCCUCCACUGUGCUCCUUCUCCCUCCACUGUGCUCCUUCUCCCGCCACUGUGUUCCUUCUCCCUCCACUGUGCUCCUUCUCCCGCCACUGUGCUCCUUCUCCCUCCACUGUGCUCCUUCUCCCGCCACUGUGCUCCUUCUCCCUCCACUGUGCUCCUUCUCCCUCCACUGUGCUCCUUCUCCCGCCACUGUGCUCCUUCUCCCUCCACUGUGCUCCUUCUCCCUCCACUGUGCUCCUUCUCCCUCCACUGUGCUCCUUCUCCCUCCACUGUGCUCCUUCUCCCGCCACUGUGCUCCUUCUCCCUCCACUGUGCUCCUUCUCCCGCCACUGUGCUCCUUCUCCCGCCACUGUGCUCCUUCUCCCGCCACUGUGCUCCUUCUCCCUCCACUGUGCUCCUUCUCCCUCCACUGUGCUCCUUCUCCCUCCACUGUGCUCCUUCUCCCGCCACUGUGCUCCUUCUCCCUCCACUGUGCUCCUUCUCCCUCCACUGUGCUCCUUCUCCCUCCACUGUGCUCCUUCUCCCGCCACUGUGCUCCUUCUCCCUCCACUGUGCUCCUUCUCCCUCCACUGUGCUCCUUCUCCCUCCACUGUGCUCCUUCUCCCGCCACUGUGCUCCUUCUCCCUCCACUGUGCUCCUUCUCCCUCCACUGUGCUCCUUCUCCCUCCACUGUGCUCCUUCUCCCUCCACUGUGCUCCUUCUCCCGCCACUGUGCUCCUUCUCCCUCCACUGUGCUCCUUCUCCCUCCACUGUGCUCCUUCUCCCUCCACUGUGCUCCUUCUCCCUCCACUGUGCUCCUUCUCCCGCCACUGUGCUCCUUCUCCCUCCACUGUGCUCCUUCUCCCUCCACUGUGCUCCUUCUCCCGCCACUGUGCUCCUUCUCCCUCCACCCCAGGGCAUAUACAGCGACGCAGGGUGUGCAGCGGCAGGAGUGGUGGAUCACAGCGUGGUGGUGAUGGGCUACAGCAUCACGGCUGAGGGCGCCUUCUGGAUCCUCCGCAACUCCUGGGGGGCCACCUGGGGCAUGCAGGGCUACAUGCAAAUGGCCUUUGGGGGAGGCAUUGGUAUCUGUGGCAUUCACUCUGUGCCGGCCAUUUACCCCAUCAUUAAGAAACCCACGCCGUGCAUGUCACAGCAGAAUCCCUGUGGGGGAGCUGUGUGUGCGGUGGGAGGAGAGUACGGCUACACAUGCGCGUGUCUGUAUCCUCCCUUCAUUCCCGCUCUUGACACAGGCAACCGCCAGACGUGUGUGUUUGAGGACGCAUGCAGCCUGCACGACAGCAAUCCGUGUGCGGUCGGCACGUGCAUCAACAACAACGAGGGCGACUACUUUUGUGUCUGUCCCUGGGGAUUCAAGCAAGGGCGUCGCCCCUCUGGCGCUCUCACAUGCGUCCCCACCCCAAUCUACGGCCUCACAGAGCAACAAUUUCUUGCGCAGAACCCGCAACUGGGCGCAGGGGAGUGCGUUUCAAUCAUGUACGACACACCAGUGAGCGUGGCGCCGCCGCUGACAGAAGCGGUGCACUGCGUGCUCUUCUACUCGUGGACGGAACAGGACACGUGUGACAGCCUGGCAAGCUCGUUCUCGCUCACAGUGGACGAGUUUCUGGCUCUCAACCCGGGGAUCAGCUGCGAUAGCACCUGGAGAGCUCCGCGCGUGAACCAGCAGCUAUGUGUGGUGAAGGGCAGCGGAGAGAACGACGUGCCCAAGCUGCCCAUGUGCACUCGAUGGUACACGGUGCGCGCAGGGGACACGUGUGGAAGCAUCAUGCAGGAUCACGCUCUCAACCGAACCGCCUUCGUCUCGUUCAACCCAGGGUUGGCCUGUGACCGCCUCUUCCCGUCGUUCGGAGGUUCUCGCGUCGGCUGGGAUGGGGAAGGCGUGCAGGUUCCCCCAGCGCAAUCACCCCAUCCUCCCCCCACUACCAUGGACCCAUCCAUCCUAGAAAGCACUCAAUCAAUGAUACACCGUCCACACCCAUCCUCCCUACCACAGGUGUGUGUGGAUGCCCACCUCGCGGGUUCCCCCAGCGCAAUCAAGCCUCGCUCAGUCCGUGAGCUUCCUUCCACGCUCUUCCCCUCGGCCCUCUCCUCUCCCUCCUCCUCCUCCUCCUCCUCCUCCUCCUCCUCCUCCUCCUCCUCCUCCUCCUCCUCCUCCUCCUCCUCCUCCUCCUCCUCCAUUCCUUCUCACUCCACACACUCAUCGAUGGGCCGCCAGCUGGCGCUGCUGGCCGCGGCUCGCUCACCGACGGGCCGCCAGCUGGCGGGGUCUAAGCAGCGGAGCGAGAAGUCUUACUCGGUGAAGAGGGGGGACUUCUGUGCGCAGAUCAUAUCGCUCAAGUUCCAGAACAGUGCAAAGAAGCUGGCGGAGCUGAAUAAUGGGUACGUGUGCAACGAUGAUAGGCUCUAUGUGGGGCUGAUGCUCUCCACACGUUGA